UCCCUCGCUCCGCGGCGGCGCGUCCCCGCCCCGGGGCCGGCCGGCGGCGGGGGCGGAGGUUCCGCGGCGGCGGCGCCGGGCGCGCUGCAGGGGCAGCCCGGCCGCCGCGGGGCCGCCAUGCCCGCCAAGUCCAAGUACAACCUGGUGGAUGACCGGCACGACCUCCGCAUCCCCCUGCACAACGAGGACGCCUUCCAGCACGGCAUCUGCUUCGAGGCCAAGUACAUCGGGAGCCUGGAUGUGCCACGGCCAAACAGCCGGGUGGAGAUCGUGACAGCCAUGCGGCGGAUCAGGUACGAGUUUAAAGCCAAGAACAUCAAGAAGAAGAAAGUGAGUCUCAUCGUGUCGGUGGAUGGCGUGAAGGUCAUUCUGAAGAAGAAGAAGAAGCUUCUUUUGUUGCAGAAAAAAGAAUGGGCCUGGGACGAGAACAAAAUGCUCGUCAUGCACGAUCCCAUCUACAGGAUAUUCUAUGUGUCUCAUGACUCCCAGGACCUAAAGAUCUUCAGCUACAUUGCCAGGGAUGGGUCUAGCAAUGUCUUCAGGUGCAACGUCUUCAAAUCUAAGAAGAAGAGCCAAGCCAUGCGCAUUGUCCGGACUGUGGGGCAGGCAUUCGAGGUCUGCCACAAGCUGAGCCUGCAGCACACCCAGCAGAACGCAGACGGGCAGGAGGACGGAGACAGCGAGAGGAACGGGGAUGACCUGGAUGUCCCAGCCUGCCGCCUCACUGGUGCAGAGAGGGUGGCCACCUCAGCGGAGGAGACAGACAUUGAUGCCGUGGAGCUGCCGCUGCCCGGAGCUGACAUCCUUGACUUCAGCCGUGGCGUGACUGACCUCGACGCUGUGGGCAAGGAAGCAAGCACCUAUGCCGACUCCAAGGGCUGUCUCCACCCUGAAGAUAUUCUGACAGCGUCGCCCAAGAUGCUGUUGCCCUCGUCUGCCCAGCUGCCUGAUCUCGGAACACCCCUCUCUGCCCACCACCAAAUGCAGCUCCUCCAGCAGCUCCUGCAGCAGCAGCAGCAGCAGACGCAAGUGGCCGUGGCACAGGUCCACUUGCUGAAGGACCAGCUGGCCGCAGAGGCAGCAGCACGGCUGGAGGCCCAGGCUCGUGUGCACCAGCUCCUGCUCCAGAACAAGGACUUGCUGCAGCACAUCUCGCUCCUGGUCAAACAGGUGCAAGAGCUGGAGCUGAAGCUGGCAGGGAACACCACCACAGGCUCCCAGGACAGUCUGCUGGAGAUCACCUUCCGCUCCAACGUCCUCCCCGUCCUCUGCGACCCGACCACCCCGCAGCCUGAGGACACCCACCCGCCAUCACUGGGCCCUGGCUCGGGCUUCCCCAGCGCCCUGGGCAGCCCCAUAGGUAGGAACGACUGUCUGGUGAAGCUGGAGUGCUACCACUUUCUGCCAGACUCGGGGCCGCCUGCCCCAGAGCCGGCGCUGGGCAGCCUGGAGCUCAUCAAGUUCCGCGAGUCGGGCAUUGCCUCUGAGUAUGAGUCCAACACGGACGAGAGCGAGGAGCGCGACUCCUGGUCCCAGGAGGAACCGCCGCGCCUGCUCCACGUCCAGCCCAGGCAGGACCUGGGCGACAGCCUGGAGGACGAGAUCGCAGUGUAGGCAUUGGCAGGAGGUGGUGCGGAGCAGCUUGUAACCUGUUGGAGCUGGGGCAGGCCCUGGCCGUAACCCCCUGGCCCUGGCAGGGAGGGGACAGCCCAGAGAGAGAGGGGGCAGAGGAGGGAGUGUGAGGCUUCCAGCACAUGGCCAGGAGGUGUGUGGAGGUGAGGACAGAGCUGUGCCAAGGGGGUGCGCUGGGCAUGCUGUGCUCCAGCGUGCAUGGGCUUGUGUGCUGAGCUGGAGCGUCCCCCGCUUUGCAUCAGACAGUGAGCUCACAGCUGAUCGUGCUACCCCCUGGUCCCCGUCCCCCUGCAAGCUGUGUUUUGAGGUCAGGCAGAGGCAAGGAACUCCUUGCCAGAUUAGCCACUGCUGCUGGUCCUGCUGCAGGGAGGAGCAGUAAAGCAGAAGAAGGUUUUUGCUGGGCGAAUGAGAGAGCAGGCAUGGAGCAGUCGGCAGGUACAAGAGCGACUGAGGAGUCAGCACAGGGCGGUGAGCAGGGACAGAGCCACUGCCAGGGGGUCUGGCCCUCUGCGUGGUGGAGAGGGUGGGAGAUGAGGCCAGGGUGGUCAGGGUUGGUGAUGGUGCACUGUCAGGGUGGGUGCGCAAGUGAGAGGUGAGGCAGCGAAGGACAGUGGGGACAAGCCUGGGACAAGCUAAAGGGGUGAGACAAGGUCAUGCAGGGUGGCUGGGUGCAGGCAGCUCCUGGCAAAGUGCUGGUGUUCACUGCACUUCCAGGGCAGGGUUUGCCCCUGCCUGAGGCAGGUCUGGAGGGUGUGCGGGCACUGCCCGCUCCUCUCCAGGCUGUGGAGCGGAAAGGAAGGCAUGGCUGGACAAGGAGCAGGGAACCAGGGCACACAGCAUGGGGCUGUGGAGUGUCCUUCCCUUGUUGCCCAGUCCUUGGGCUCCUCAGCAUGGCUGCCAGGUUUCAAAGCCUUUCUGGUGCUCUCAAGUGACAUUUCCAAGCACUUCCCUGCACCCACCGUCACCACAAACUCCCUGCUUUGCUUUUUAGACAAACCUUCCCAUUUCCAAGCAGUCACUUGCCCCUGGACCAGAGCUGGGGGAUUCAGUGCUGGCAUCGGCUGUGUGCAGGGAUGGGCACGCUUGCCGCCUCUUGAUGGAGGGUGAACUGCUGGUGUCUACAGGUGGGGUCCUUCACACCUCUGGUUUGCACCCUCCAGAAAAAUGAACCCAAGAUCUCAGGAUCCUCCAUAGACCCUGAGAUGCCCAUGUCUGAGGCAUCUGUGGAAAACUCCAAGUGGUCCAGAGCUUGUCUCUUUUCUGCAACCAUGUUUAUCAGCUGCCUAUUGCUGCAGCCUCUAAGAGGCCCUGGCUGAAGGGGUGUGAGCCAGAGUCCUGAUGUCCCCCUGCUCCUUGUGGAAACACUUGACAAGGUGGGGACUGGCACAGUUGUCUUCGACCCCAUCCACCCUCCUAUCCUGCUUCUGCUUUGCUUUGUUGCUUCCUUCUGCUCUUGCCUUCACCAGCUCUUGUGUCUGCUAGAUCUGCCUGCACCUAACCCCUAGCUGAGCAUCUUCCAGGCACAAGCUCUUGCUCUCCUCCAGGGCUUAUCACGGCUGCUGAGCAAGGUCCAUCGCUUCUUUCUGUCCCAGUGCCCUUGAGUGCUGCUAAGGAGUGAGGUGUGGGUGAGACCCCAGGGGCUGGUACGAGGUGUGCUAUGCACCCUCCACCACAGGAGAAGGCUGGAUGCUGCAAGGAACUAGAGAGUCCUAGUGGGAAGAAAGGCCAUGUUUCUGUGUCCCCCAGCAGUGGCCUGGUGUCCAGGGGAGCCCCUGCACCAGCCACAGAUGGGGCAGAGUGGGAGCGUGGGCUGUUCGGGACUCGAGUGCUCCUGUUGUCUGGCCACCAAUAUUUCCAUAUGGCCUGUCUUACACUGCUGUGGGCGCAGCUGUGUGCCAGCCCCUCUUCUGGGGACCCUGACAUCCCACUGCCAGCUCACAGCAGUUGGAGACGAAAGCAUGAGGUGGGAGGCUGGUCCUGCCAGGAGGGAGAAGUGGGGAUGGCAACAUGCACAGGACAUGGCGCAGGCAGGGUAGGGAUGGGUGGGUGAGCUGAGAGAGGGAUUUUCAUGUGGGCAGACAGAUCAUGGAGGAGAAGGGAUGGCAGGAGCUCAGCCAUACACGCAGGGCAGAUGAAGGGAGAGGCUGGGAGGAGCACCAGCAGGCAGGAGGUCUCAUCCAGGCUGGGCUGCCUCAGAAGGAAGGCAGGGCUGAGCCAUCUCCCCAGGCCAUCGCUCCUGCUGUCCCUGCUGCACAUGCUCAGUCCAGGCAGUACCCUGCAAGGAGCUGUUGGGACCAGCUGCGGGCUUGGGCUCCUGCCUGGUACUCUACCCGCAGGGGAUGGUGGCAGGUGCCCCAUAGGCUGAGAGGGUGCUGCCAGAGCCGGAUGGGACCCUGCCAGCAUUCUGCCACACUCUAGGGGUACCGGUGUAAAUGAUCCCCCUAACUCAGUGCUGUCUCCAAGAUGCCUCUCUAGCCUCUCACUUUUGUUAUGGACCUUGACUGGGGUUUUAUAGCUAUAUUUUUUGUCCUUUCUUUUCCUACAACUGUUAUGUUACUAACUGUUGACUCAAUCUAUCUGGGAAACUGAUCUGUCAAUGUAAGUGCACUUAACCCUUGGGUGUUGUCAUUAGUUGACUGGCUUUUGCUAAAUAAAUCUUUCUAUUUCUCAA